GAUUGCAAGUAACUUAGUUACUGCAACCCUAUUGUCUAUAAUGUCAACCUUGUUCUCUCCUUUGUUCUCUGCAGGCUUAAUUGGUUUAAAAAGGAAUAAAAUGAUUCUGCUAGACUAAGUUGUGGGUGGAUGGGUUUGGAUGGGUUUCUUUAGACCCUGGAGCAUUUCUCAUAAUUUUGAACCAAACUAAUGGCUACAGUGAUAGAGUAACAAAGAGAGGCUCCAGUUAUUGUUGUCAUGAGUUUCAUAUUGCAGUCCAGAUAACACAGGUAGAUAGGUAUUUAAUUGUCUAGUUCUGUAAUAACUCUGUAGCCGCGUGAUUCAGCUGAACCGUCACCAUAAGGUGAGUGUUUGGUUAAUCGGUCACCUGCUAGGCUUACGGAGCCAGGAGGGAAAGCAGACUCCAGCCAUUCAGUUGGCUUGAAGGAAUAGAAGGAAAUACAUGGACUGAAUUGCAUAAAACUAUUAAUGGAUUAAUGUAAAAUAAUUCUCAGAUAAUCAAUGCACACCUUGAUAACCCUAAAUAACAAUUAGAACUAAACUACGAUACCAGUUGUCCAUCUCUUCAGAUUUACACACUGUUUGUCCCUGGCACGUAAAAGCUAACCAUAACACGCAAAUAUUUUAGGUUUGUUUUGCUGUCUCUUCGCUGGCAUUGACUGUGUUGUCUCUGAAUAGAGAACUUGUUGGUCUGGUUUGCCUGCCCUACCCUUAGUCACAUGAUGCAGCUGUUUUAUGAGGUCAGAGUAUGGGAGAUGAGCCUUGUGUAACUACCAGUGUCAACUCAAUAUUAAAUGACAAACCAUAAGAGCACAUAUAACCUGGGCACGCAGGGAGAGGGUUGUUCUAAUGAAAACCAAAGAGAAAAAUACCAGCCUCUGGAAAAGUAAAUUCAAGUCAAUUGUUAUAGUAUUACUCUUAUUCACAGUUACAGUGACAAAUCACCAUUAAAUCACCACAAUGUCUCUGAUUUUGCACCGGCUCUCGGUCUGUGUUAUCUCUUUGAAAUAUUGAACGUAUUUGAACAUAUUUGGACAAGCAUCAGGGCAUUAGAAGUAGCCUACACAGUAAGUCACACUGUGAAAAUGUAAACGUCAGUGAACUGUUUACCCCUGGGGGCGGGGCCAGGUAUUAGGGGAUGAGCCAGGUGUUAGGGAAAGAGAGGAGAGGACGUAUUGUUCAGGAAACGAAACUUAAGGUUCAUGGAAACCAAGCCAACGACGUGCAGGCAGUCGGCAAACGCAUUUUGGAACCAAUAGUCUGACAGUCAGAAACAACAACAAGGAUGGCCUCUGUUAAACGUUCCUGGUCUGAAGAGGACUUUUCAUGUUCCAUCUGUCUGGGUCUGUUCAGCAGCCCAGUUUCCACACCAUGUGGACACAACUUCUGCAGUACCUGUAUUAAUAAGUUCUGGGAUGGAAAAGUUCGUUACAAAUGUCCAAUUUGCAACAAGAUUUUCCACCCUAGACCGGAUCUACAGGUCAAUAUCCUCUUAUCUGGGAUGGCUGCUGAGUUUACAAAGCCUGUAACAAUCAAAAAGCAGCGAUGUGUCGAACCAGGAGAAGUUCCCUGUGAUGUCUGUACUGGGUCCCAGCUGAAGGCCGUGAAGUCCUGCCUAGUUUGUUUCACCUCUUUCUGCCAAACCCACCUUGAGCCACAUCAGAGAGUUGCACAACUGAAGAAACAUCGGCUGGUCGAACCUAUGAACCGUCUGGAAGACAGGAUGUGUAAGAAACACAAUCAACUACUGGAGCUCUUCUGCAAGACUGAACAGGAGUGUGUGUGUCAGUUCUGCACAGAGGGUGACCACAGGUCCCAUCCUCAUGUACCUCUAAAGGAGGUGUAUAAAGUGAAGUUGGCCAAGCUGGGGAAGAUAGAGGCUGAAGUUCUGCAGAUGAUCCAGGAGAGAAAACUAAAGAUUAAGGAGAUAAAAGACACCGUAGAAUUGAGCACGAAAGAUGCAAACAGAGAGAUAGCAGAUGGUGUGAAGGUCCUCAUUGAUUUGAGGCGUCGCAUUGAAAAGUGCAGUGAUGAUUUCAAGCAAACAGUUAAAGAGAAACUGAAAACCACAGAGAAACAAGCUGAAGACCUCAUCAAAGAGCUGGAGCAGGAAAUAGAAGAUCUGACCAAUAGGAGCUUAGAGGUGAAGCCACUCUCACACACUAAAGACCCCCUACACUUCCUCCUGGCCUUCAGAUCCCUGAAGGAUCCUCCAACCACCAGGGACUGGAUGACGGUGGAGGUCCGUCCUCCGUCAUACGUAGGGACCUUGAGGAGAUCCCUGGAUCAGCUGGAGGAGACACUGAACAUAGAAAGUAAGAAGCUAUGUGAUGCUGCUGAACUGAAGAGAGUCCAGCAGUAUGAAGUAGAUGUGACUCUGGAUCCUGAUACAGCUCAUCCCAAGCUCAUUCUGUCUGAGGAUGGGAAACAAGUCCAUGAUGGAGGUUCAGUGAAGAAACUCCUAGACAACCCUAAGAGAUUUACACAGCAUAUAUAUAUUCUCACGAGGCAAAACUUCUCCUCAGGGAGAUUUUACUUUGAGGUCCAGGUUAAAGACAAGACUGCAUGGCGUAUAGGAGUCGCCAGAGAGUCCAUAGACAGAAAAUGUCAGAUCAUAGUGACCCCUGAGACGGGUUACUGGACUCUAUACUUGAACAAGGAUGAGUUGUUAUUUAAUAAUAACCCUGCUGUCCGUCUCCCUCUGAGAGCUCAGCUCCAGAAGGUGGGGGUGUUUGUAGAUUAUGACGAGGGUGUGGUCUCCUUCUAUGAUGUGGAAGCCAGGGUUCAUAUCUACUCUGCUACGGGUUGCACCUUUAGUGAGCCUCUCUAUCCAUUCCUCUACCCAGGUCUCUUUAAUUAUCAAGGUAUAAACUCUGUCCCCCUGAUCAUCUCACCUGUCAAUCAACCAGACUAGGACUUUUGUUUGAUCGAACAAACCACCAAAACAACUGAUGUUAAUGUACCAUGUGAGAUCCGAGAGAUCUGGAUUAAUGUUGUACUGCUGACAUUUUCUCAAGGAGAAAUACAGUAGGAAAUUAACCCUCAAUAUUAUAAAUUAUAACCCGUUGUCAAUUAUUAGAUAACAUUAUUUUCUUCAUUGUCUGUUUUCUCAGGUUUUUUAAAGGUUUACUGCUAUACAAUUGAUAAUGGUUGCAGUUAAGUAGAACAUGUUUUGAGGAUUAAUGUGUAAUCAUAAUCAUCCAAACAUUACUAUUAGUUUAUAUCGGAAUCAUGAAUGAAAACACAAUCAAAUGAAGAACAUAUUUCUGAUUUCAAU